AUGGUCUACUCCACCCUACAGAAAUCCCAGAAGCUCCUGGCAAGCUCCCGGCACGUUCACAAAACUGCUGCCCACGUGGUGGCCAGGAGCGCUCCGGAGGACACCGUGACCAGCAGCUUCGCCUCCUUCAUCCACGGCGCCCGACCCGACCACUUGUCCAAGACCGUCCGGCACCGGAGCAAGAGGAUGAUCCUCGACAGCAUCGGGGUCGGGCUGGUGGGCAGCACCACCCACGUGUUCGACAUCGCCCUGCGGUACUGCCGGGAGCUGUACUCUCCAGUUGCUGUGAGCUCUGUCUAUGGCAAGCCAGGUGUGAAGCUGUCUCCGACACUGGCCGCCUUCACCAACGGAGUCGCGACACACUCCAUGGAUUUUGAUGACACCUGGCACCCUGCUACCCACCCCUCAGGGGCUGUUCUGCCAGCCCUGCUGGCAGCUUCCCAGAUGCUGCCUCCCGGCACCAAACCCACCGGCAUGGAUUUCCUGCUGGCGUUUAACGUGGGCCUGGAAGUGCAAGGAAGGCUCAUGCAUUUCUCCACUGAGGCUCACGACAUUCCAAAAAGGUUCCACCCUCCCUCGGUGGUGGGGACCAUGGGCAGCGCGGCGGCCACGGCCAAGCUGCUGUCCCUCAGCAGGGCCCAGUGCUGCCACGCCCUGGGCAUCGCCGCGUCCCUGGCGGGGGCCCCCAUGGCCAACGCCGCCACCCAGGCCAAGCCACUGCACAUCGGCAACGCCACCCGCCUGGGCUUCGAGGCGGCCCUGCUGGCAGCCCGGGGCAUGGAGGCCAACCCCUUCAUCCUGGACGACAUCCCCGGCUGCUCCGGGUUCAGCGCCUUCUACGGGGUCUAUCACCCCAAGCCGCUGCCCGCGCCCGGUGACCACCACGAGUUCCUCCUGGAGAAGCAGGAUAUCGCCUUCAAGCGGUUCCCAGCCCACCUGGGGAUGCACUGGGUGGUGGAUGCUGCCCUGUCUGUGAGGAACCUCUUCGUCCACUACGCGGGGUCCUUCUCUCCCGCCCUGAUCCGCACCAUCGUGCUGAAGAUCCCGGUGUCCAAGUACAUCAACCGGCCCUUCCCCAGCUCCGAGCACCAGGCCAGGCACUCCUUCCAGUUCAACGCCUGUGCUGCCCUGCUGGACGGUGAGGUCGGGCUCGGCUCCUUCACCGAGAGCAGCAUCCACCGGCAGGAGCUGAGGGAGCUGCUGGACAAAGUGGUGGUGGAGCACCCCGAGGAUAACGUGGCCAACUUCGACAAGAUGUACGGGGAGGUGGCACUGCUCCUGCACAGCGGGGACGUCCUCACGGGCAAGUGUGACACUUUCUACGGGCACUGGAGGAAGCCCCUGAGCAAGGAGUCGCUCCUGAAGAAGUUUCGAUCCAACGCCUCCCACGUGCUCCCAGAUGAGAAAAUAGAAGCCAUCAUCACUACGGUGGACAACCUGGAGAACCUGUCAGACAGCUCCCAGCUGGCCUGCAGCCUGUGAGGGAACAGCACAGGGGGGUUUCAGGAGGGGUUUGUCCCGGUGAAACUGAUUCCUUUCUUCAUUGGUGCUUUACUAUUGAUUUCCAGUGCCAGGAAUGUUCCCACCCCUUCAAGUAGACACUUCACUCCCAAAAGGAGCCCCCGGGGCAGGAGGUGUGACUGUGUCAGCCCUCGGUACAAGGAGUACAUUUCAGCUCGUGGUUGACGCUCUCUGAGCAGCUGAAAGGCCACCACAAACAUAAAAAAUAAUCCCAUGGAAAUCCCUGAGAAUCUUGGGGUGUCACUGGGAAGCUGCUGCCCCGGAAGGAGCCGUGUCUGUGUGCUUUUUAAAGCUGGAUUCCAAGGUUUUUUCUGGGCACAACGCCCGACCACUGAGUCUGGGAAGAGGAGGAAGUUCAGCUGCGGAACGUGUGCUUUUCUUAGUGCUCUUCUGGGCACUUUUGGGAUCAUGCUUAGUUAGUCCUGGUGACCAGAUGGAAAAUCCAUCCCUUACUGUAAACAG